UCUUUCUUUUACUUUCUCCGACAAAAACAUGGGUUCCAACGAUUCCGAACUUGUUGUCGAUUUAUUCCCGUGGCUCAAAGAAUACAAAGAUGGAACCAUCGAAAGAACAGCAGGAUUCGAAGUGGUUCCCCCGGGGCUUGAUCCCGAAACCAACGUGAUAUCCAAAGAUAUUGUCAUCAUACCCGAAUCUGACGUCUCAGCUAGAAUUUACCGGCCAAACUUCGUCCCCAACGAUCAAAAGCUACCUCUUGCAGUUUAUUAUCACGGCGGAGCUUUUUGUGUUGCUUCGCCGGCGUCCCCAAACUACCAUACCAGCCUCAACAAGCUCGUUGCCGAGGCCAACGUUGUCGUUGUUUCGGUCGGCUAUAGGCUAGCCCCCGAGCACCCUCUUCCUACAGCAUAUGAAGAUUCAUGGGCUGCACUUCAAUGGGUGGUUUCUCACAAGGAAGAAGAAGAUGGCAACAAUGAAACCUGGAUCAAGGAUUAUGUGGACCUUGACCAGGUUUAUUUGGUUGGUGAUAGUGCUGGUGCAAACAUUGCACACCACUUGGCUCUCCGGAUCAAGGAUUCGGAUCUGAGUCAGAAGUUGAAGAUUGUGGGCAUUGGGAUGAUCCACUCUUACUUCUGGGGAACCGACCCGAUUGGAUCUGAGGUUACCGAUCGGGUUCGGAAAGAGCUAGUCGAUAAGUGGUGGCUAUACGUUUGUCCUUCCGAUAAAGGGUGUGAUGAUCCGCUCAUCAAUCCGUUUGCAGAUGGAUCCCCGGAUCUUGCAGGGUUGGCAUGCCAUAGAGUCCUUGUUAUUGUUGCAGAGAAGGAUAUAUUGAAGGACAGGGGGAGGUUUUAUUACGAUAAAUUGGUGAAAUCUGAGUGGAAAGGAAAAGCGGAGAUUAUGGAGACUGAAGGUGAGGAUCAUGUGUUCUAUAUCUUUAAUCCUGAAUCCGACAAGGCCAAGAGCUUGUUCAAACGCUUGGCUGCUUUCUUGAACCAAGGCAAGUGAAAAAUGUGGGGUUUGACUUGU